AUGGAGCGCACAUAUGAGACAGAGGUAAAGCUGAAGUUGAUGAGUUCAGGAGCCAAGACGAACGUGGAACACCCUGAACCCAAGCCCCAGGACAGGGGAAAGUGGGGCAGCAAAACGGAGUUCUUAUUGGCAGCAGCUGGACACAUUGUCGGUCUGGGAAAUGUAUGGAGGUUCCCAUACCUGUGCUAUAAAAAUGGAGGAGGGGUUUUCUUUGUCCCCUAUAUUUUGUUCCUGUUCACCUGCGGUAUUCCCCUCUUCUUCCUGGAGACAUCAUUGGGCCAGUACACUAGUCAGGGUGGAAUCACUUGUUGGAGGAAAAUCUGUCCACUCUUUGAAGGCCUGGGCUAUGGAAGCCAAGUGGUGGUUUUGUACACUGGAGUGUAUUACAUCAUCAUUCUGGCUUGGGCGUUCCUAUACCUCUUCUCUUCCUUCAGUUUAGAACUCCCAUGGGCUAGUUGUAAAAACAGUUGGAACACAGACAACUGUUUUGAGCCUGGCCAAAACAGCACAAUUUCUGACCAUUCUCAUGGGAACACUACAUCCUCAGUCAUAGAAUUUUGGGAGAGAAGAAUAUUGGGCUUGUCUGGGGGAAUUGAAGAGAUUGGGAGUGUUCGCUGGGACCUAGCUCUGUGUCUUCUAUUGUCCUGGAUUAUCUGUUAUUUCUGUGUCUGGAAAGGAGUGAAGUCUACUGGGAAGGUGGUCUAUUUCACUGCCACCUUCCCCUAUGUGAUGCUGUUGGUGUUGCUAGUUCGUGGACUCACACUGCCAGGGGCCAUAGAUGGCAUCAAGUUCUACCUCUACCCAGACCCAGCCCGCCUCGCUGACCCACAGGUAUGGAUGGAUGCUGGAAGCCAGAUAUUUUACUCCUAUGGAGUUUGUACAGGGGUUUUGACAUCUUUAGGCAGCUACAACAAGUACAAUAACAACUGCUACAGGGACUGUGUGUAUCUUUGUCUACUAAACAGUGUGACUAGCUUUGUGGCUGGUUUUGCCAUUUUCUCUGUACUGGGCUUCAUGGCUUAUGAACAGGGCAUCGACAUCUCAAUGGUGGCUGAAUCAGGUCCUGGCCUGGUGUUCAUCGCCUACCCUCGUGCUGUGGCCAUGAUGCCAGUACCCCAACUCUGGGCCAUCUUCUUCUACAUCAUGAUCCUCCUACUGGGGUUAGACAGUCAGUUUGUAUAUCACGAGGCCAUGGUCACAGCGAUCUCAGACAUGUACCCCUCUUUCUUCCACGUGGGCCAUCUGCGGAAAAAACUUCUCCUGCUUGGCAUCAGUGUGUGCAGCUUCCUGGUUGGCCUGCUAAUGGUCACAGAGGGUGGCCUGUAUGUGUUUCAGCUGUUUGAUUACUAUGCCUGCAGUGGGAUGACACUCCUGGUCUUUGCUAGUCUCCAGGCCGUCUGUGUUGGGUGGUGUUAUGGUGCGGAACGGCUGUAUGAUAAUAUUGAGGACAUGAUUGGCUAUCGUCCUUGGCCAUUCAUGAAGUACUGUUGGAUGUACAUCACACCUGUCAUAUGCAUAGGUACGCUUGUCUUCUCCCUGGUCAAGUAUACCCCCCUCAAGUUCAACAACACUUAUGAGUACCCCUGGUGGGGCUACGCCAUUGGUGGAUUCUUCACUCUCUCCUCGACGUUACUGGUACCUCUCUGGAUGCUGUACAAGAUGAGUGUCACCGCUGGUUCACUGCGGCAGAGAAUGAAAGUGUUAACCAGUCCAGCAGAGGAUCUACCCAAACCCAUGUCACAGAAGGAGGCCCUCAACCCCUCAGAAGUGUUUCAGAUGUUCACAGAACUUUGCACAUUACGGACACCAAACCAAACCCCUACAGUCGCCAGCUCCUAGCUGAGUGCAGCACCAGCACAGACAGUGCCCAUUAACACCUUGAACGUGGAAACUUAAAAUAACCCAUGGUGUAUUGGGAAACAUUUGUCUCUUUGCACAUGAACUCUGACCCCGGAGACAGGGGUCCGAUGCAAGGUGUCCUACUAUUUUCCCUUUCUGUUUCUCAUGUAUAUGAAAUAAUACAAGACAAAUUAAAGACAACAAACACUGCCACA